AUGACUGCAAUUACUAUACCACAUGUUUGGUAUGCCACACAAUUGGCAAGUUUAUUCUUUUCCUUCCUAACAUUUAUCUCUUCAUCGAUUGUUCCCUACAAACUGGCAUAUCUAUUCGUCACUGCCUCUCUAUUCAUAUCCCUCUAUCAAUCAUUGACAAGGGAACAGCCUAAGACGACACCAGGUACUGUUGAUUCCGCCUCGGGCUCUGCCAAUUCAGAGUCGACAUCUAAGUCCCCCUCUUCUUCAGGAAAUGCAAGAGUUGCAAACAAAAAACAUGAUGUUGUGAGCUCGAUUAGGCUUAUGAUAAAACCUGCAAGAUCGCAUUCAACCACCCCAUAUGCACUGCUUGCCCUUGCAUAUCUACUCAUUUUCUCUAAGAGUAAGAUAUCAUUGAUUCCCUUUGAUAUAUUUGCAUUUUUCCAUGUUAUCAAUUACACUUCGUCAUUUAUCAUUGAUCUGUUACCAGUGAACGCCUCGAUGCAGGGACAAAUCAAAAAGGGUCUUGAGUACACUAAUACCAGGUAUAAUCCUAUUGGAUUCAGAAUAGCUGUUUGGGUUCAGUUAUUGACAUUCUUAAUAUCCGUACUCUGGACCGUCUUGAACUUACCAUUGAACCUCGUCGGAUAUGGCGACGGACAUUCACUGCUGAAUAUUGCAACUACUGUAUGCUGGGUUUUUUUCAUUGAAAAAGUUCAAUCUCAAAACCUUCUAAUGAAGGCAGCCAUCAACAACGUAGUUGCUAUUAUUGAUGGUAUUACGGCAGACCCAAGGGUGCCAUUGCAAUUAAGAGAUUUGUGGACUAGGGUCAAGCAUAUUGCCAAGUUCAAAGAUUUUAAUCAUGUCCAAUAG